AUUCGAUUCGUGUUCACGCUGGGUCAUAUUGCGCUGCAACAGCUGAUAUAUCUUGAUAUUACAGUCUACAGCGAGCUUAGGAAACGCAAUCAGGUGCGAGAGGAGAGGAAGGCGGAGGAGAAGCGCAAGAAGAAAGCGGGCGUGGGGUUCGCGACGCCCGCCCGCCGCGGUCGCUGCGACGACCUGCGCCGGCAGACGCUCAUGAAUGCCAGCAACGCCAGCGCCUCCUCGCGCGGUCAGCGCUCCGCCAGCGUACUCUCUAAUAAAGCCUCUACGGUGAACACAACGAUGACGGAGGAGGAGGCAGGGUUGGAGGGCGCGGUGGCUGACGACGCGGACGCGGAGUACGUGCGCGCGGUGUGCGAGCGCGACGUGGCUGCCGGUGGUGCUGCGCUGGCUCGCUACACGCCGCUACUGCGCUGGCUUCUCAGCAACCCCGCACGUACCACGCCCCAAGCGCAGGCCGCCGCCGCGCUCACAUACACCAGAUUUAUGCUGGUGUCGAGCAGUGUUUGUGAAGAAGGUCUGCAACUUAUCGUCACAGUUCUAAAGAAAUCUAAGAAUGUAUCGUUGAGAACAAACCUGACCAUCGCCUUCGCAGAUCUAACAUUACGGUUCCCAAAUCUUACGCAACCUUGGACUCGUCAUAUUUACGAUAUCUUGAGUGACGAAGAACUCGAGGUGCGUCAAUGCGCUGUCAAGAUGCUGUCAUUCUUAGUACUACACGAGAUGGUGCGCGUCAAAGGUCAGAUAGCGGACAUGGCGCUGUGCUGCGCUGACAAGGACGCUCGCGUCACCGCCAUGACGCGCCUGUUCUUCAAGCAGCUGUCGCAGAAAGGCAACGCCCUCUAUAAUGUUAUGCCAGACAUUAUAUCAAGACUCAGUGAUCCAGAAUUAAAAGUGCCUGAAGAACAGUACAGAUAUAUCAUGAAAUACAUAACAUCACUUAUACAGAAAGACAGACAAAUGGAGGCUCUCAUAGAGAAGUUAUGUCAGCGGUUCAAAUUAUCAACAGAAGAAAGGCAAUGGCGAGACCUGGCAUACUGUCUGUCUUUGUUCACAUAUAACGAGCGCUCGCUCAGGAAGCUGAUAGAGAACAUGGACUGCUAUAAGGACAAGCUGCACUGCCCCGGAGUCAUGGAGUCCUUCACUGCACUAAUGAACCACACAUCCAAAAUGGCCAAGAAUGAAAUAAAGGCAUUAGUAACAGAGCUGGGAGAUAAGAUAGAAGAAUGUUUCGCGGUUCGGGACGCGGAGGAAGGUGACAAAGACGGCAGCGACGGCGCCGACAAGCAUGCAGCCCCUAAACCCACACCUAGGAAGGCGCCCCGCCGCGGCAGGAGGCGGUCCAACUCCAGUUCUGAUGAGGAGAAUGAGCCACCCAACAAACCACCGCAAACACCGCAGACCUUAAGAAAAUCACGAAGGAAACCUGCCACAAAGAACAAAACUCAAGUGGUUGAUUCAGAAGACUCAGAUGAUGACGAUUUUGAAAAGAAAACAGACGAUGACGUUUUCAAAAAACCGACGACACGAAAGGGGACGCGGAGGCGAAAUUAGAAUUCGCAAAUAUUAUUAUUAAGAAUAAUUUAAUUGAGCGUUUAUUUUCUCAGAGAAAGAC